CCCGCCUGUAUGCUGCCACUGGAUCUAAGUCUGCUGGAUUACCGCGCUGUUUCUCCGCUCAUUAUUCCUGACGCUUUUCCACGGCAGGCAAAGUUGGGCAUCCAGAAACUACAUGGUGACUGCCUGUAUAUUUUUAUGCUGUUUGAGCUUCAAAAUGAUUUCACUCUUCACUGGAAGAAGUGUAAUUUUUAUAUGACAGAGAAAAGAGCUCUGUCUCUUUUUGGGGGAUUGUUUACUUAUAGGAUAGGCUAGUGAUUUUGCAAUAUUUUGAACUUCGUUGUCUGGUAAUUUGGUCGCGAGGGACAAGAUGGGUGGGGUUAAAAAUGUAAGAAAUGGAGAUGUCUUUACAUGUUUUUUUUAUCGAACAGACAUUCUAACCUCAAUCACCCUUCUUUAUUUUGACUGAUGAUGUGACCUUACUGGUCUUUGUUUUGGGUGUUUAUUUUAGUGUUGGUGUAUUUAUUUAUCAUCACACUGGAGGGUCAACAUUGGAUGUUUGACUGCACUUGAACUUUCACCUUCUCCAGCUCCUUCCUUUUUCAGGGGGCUCUGAACCUAACCCCCAUAUCUGUAACACCGCGUAGAACCCCUCUCCCCCCUCUGGGGCUCUCCCUGGACCUUCCCAUCUCUCUCUGCUGCUUGAGGACAGAGACAGCCCCACCAGGAGAGGGGUUGUUAGGUAGGAAGACACCCCCCUCCCAAAGGUGAGAGGGGGGGAAGAUGGCAGCUCUCGCCAGCUCUCUCAUCAGACAGAAACGGGCGGUCAAGGACGACGGACAAAACCGACCUGUAGCCAACAAAAGGAAGCCCUGUCCUAAGAGCAACAAGUCUCUGUGCCAGAAACAGAUCUUAGUCCUUAUCUCUAAAGUACGGCUAUGUGGGGGUCGAAAAGGUCGAAACGAAAAGAGACCGGAGCCCCAGUUGAAAGGCAUCGUUACCAGGCUGUACAGUCAGCACGGAUACUACCUGCAGAUGCAGCCGGAUGGCACCAUGGAUGGCACAAGGGACGAAGGCAGCUCCUUCUCACAGUUCAACUUGAUUCCUGUGGGUCUGAGGAUCGUGGCGAUCCAGGGAGCGAAGACAGGGCUCUACCUGGGCAUGAACAGCGAUGGGUACCUCUACACCUCUGAACACUUCACUCCAGAGUGCAAGUUCAAGGAGAGUGUGUUUGAGAACUACUACGUGACGUACUCCUCCAUGCUCUACCGCCAGAACCAGUCGGGCCGCUCCUGGUAUAUCGGUAUCAACCGCGACGGACAGGUUAUGAAGGGCAACCGGGUGAAGAAGACCAAGGGAGCCGCACACUUCCUGCCUAAAGUUAUAGAAGUUGCCAUGUACAAGGAGCCAUCGCUACACGAACUAGUCAAUGAACAGAAGGAAAAAGAGAAGGAAAGAGAUAAAGACAGCCCUGCUCGGAAGACAGUGAAGGCGUCAGAAGAACGUCACGAAAUAACAUUCUCCAUCAAGAACUGCAGGAAAGAGAAAAAAGCUCCCAAGGCUGACGCCUCGUAG